UCAUGAGUUGGUCCUUGCAUCCCCGGAGUUUAAUUUUCUACUCCUACAUUCUUUUAUUACUCUCUUCAACAUGCCUGGCAUAUGUUGCUACCAGAGAGAACUGCUGCAUCUUAGAUGAAAGAUUUGGUAGUUACUGCCCAACAACCUGUGGCAUUGCAGAUUUCCUGUCUACUUACCAAACCAAAGUAGAUGAGGAUCUACAGAAUUUGGAAGACAUCUUAUAUCGAGUUGAAAACAGAACAUCAGAAGCCAAAGAAUUGAUCAAAGCAAUCCAAGUCGACUAUAAUCCUGGUGAACCACCAAAACAAAGUGUGACAGAGGGCGCUACUCAGAAUGCCAAGAAAAUGGUAGAAGAAAUUAUGAAAUAUGAAGCACUCAUUUUAACACAUGAAUCAAGUAUUCGAUUUUUGCAGGAAAUAUAUAACUCAAAUAAUCAAAAGAUCGUUAACUUGAAACAGAAGGUAGCCCAGCUUGAAGAAAAGUGCCAAGAACCUUGCAAAGACACAGUACAAAUAUAUGAGACAACUGGGAAAGAUUGUCAAGAUAUUGCCAAUAAGGGAGCCAAAGAGAGUGGGCUUUACUUUAUCAAACCUCUGAAAGCCAAGCAGCAGUUCUUAGUCUACUGUGAAAUUGAUGGAUCUGGAAAUGGAUGGACAGUGCUUCAGAAGAGACUUGAUGGCAGUGUGGAUUUCAAGAAAAACUGGAUUCAAUAUAAAGAAGGGUUUGGAUAUCUGUCUCCUACUGGCACUACAGAGUUUUGGCUGGGAAAUGAGAAGAUUCAUUUGAUAAGCACACAGUCUGCAAUCCCAUAUGCAUUAAGAGUGCAACUGGAAGACUGGAGUGGCAGAACCAGUACUGCAGACUAUGCCAUGUUCAAGGUGGGAGCUGAAGCUGACAAAUACCGCUUGACAUAUACCUAUUUCAUUGGUGGAGAUGCUGGAGAUGCCUUUGAUGGCUAUGAUUUUGGUGAUGAUCCUAGUGACAAGUUUUUCACAUCCCACAAUGGCAUGCAGUUCAGUACCUGGGACAAUGACAAUGAUAAAUUUGAAGGCAACUGUGCUGAACAGGAUGGAUCUGGUUGGUGGAUGAACAAGUGUCACGCUGGCCACCUCAAUGGAAUUUAUUACCAAGGUGGCACUUACUCAAAAGCAUCUACUCCUAAUGGCUAUGAUAAUGGCAUUAUUUGGGCCACUUGGAAAUCCCGAUGGUAUUCCAUGAAGAAAACCACUAUGAAGAUAAUCCCAUUCAACAGACUCUCCAUUGGAGAAGGACAGCAACAGCACCUGGGCGGAGCCAAACAGGUCAGACCAGAACACCGUGUUGAAAUGGAAUAUGGCUAA